AUGACGAGAGAAAUCCCCGGAGGAUUUACAUGUGUCGAAGAAGAUCACGGUAACUUUACCGAGAUGAGAUGGGAUGCUUUUUGGGAUAAUGUCUCGGAUGCCCUAGUCUGUCAACACUCAACGCGGUAUGCUCGAUUAAGAUUGAUUGCCCGAUAA